UUGUAAUUUUUGUAGGUAUUCGAUGUGUUGGACAUUUAUAGAAAUUGAAAUCAACAAUAUUGCACAUUUUUUUAAAUAAUUAAUGACUACCAAUCCAAUCUUUUAGCAGCUCUAAUAUAGUAAACUAAAAUGACUAGCUUUGAUUCCAAAUACGAUGUAAGUUUCAUGUUCCCAGCCGGGGAUGUUGGCGUAGUGGAGGGAGAAAUGAAUAUUCCAUCUAGAGGGGUCCCCUCGGGUGAUAGCAUGGAAUUCAACACACUUGAUGAACCUAUUAAGGAAACAUUUAUGAGAGAUUUGAGGGCAGUUGGCAACAAAUUUUAUCAUGUACUGUUACCAAGAGAAAAAUCCAGUUUACUAAAAGAAUGGGAUCUUUGGGGUCCACUUUUGUUAUGCACAUUCAUGGCAACCGUCCUCCAGGGUGCGGAAGAGGCAGACAACACUAAUGACGGUGGACCAGAAUUUGCAGAGGUAUUUGUUCUAGUCUGGAUUGGAGCUGCUAUUGUGACACUUAACUCUAAACUGCUUGGCGGUAACAUAUCCUUCUUCCAGUCGGUAUGCGUCCUGGGCUACUGUCUAUUCCCGAUCGCGUUAUCGCUGAUAGUUUGCCGGCUAAUACUAUUCGCUACGCAAAACUCUUUCCUCUUCUUUCUGCGUCUCACCAUUACUAUGGUCGGCUUCGCUUGGGCGACAUUUGCUGCUACCAAAUUCCUCGGUGACAGUCAACCGGAGGGCAAAAAGGCACUCGCAGUGUUCCCUAUAUGCUUGUUCUACUUCAUACUGUCGUGGCUCGUCGUAUCGCACAGUAAUAUUUAGGUGAUUAUUCAACUUUCAAAGUAUGUAUAUCAUCGUUAAGUAACUAACUUUUCCAUUCAGUGUAACUUUGACAGCAAAAACAAAUUGUUUUUUUCUAAAACUUACAUUGAAAAACAAAGUCACCCAAUUUUACUGUGGGCUAUUUCAGUUUACUCCUCAGAGGAAGGAAUAAGAUGGGAAGGUAUAGACUGCCUUAUUCGUUCUCACAUUUGGAUCACUCGUAUGGUAUAUUUUUUUAUGAAAAUGAUAUCAAGCUAUGUGCAAAAUAGUGUAUAUUGCCAUUAAAAUUAUGGAUGCGUGAUUUGAAAUCAGGCCACUCAAUAAAAGUGUUCCUGACAUUGCCAGUUGUCUAUAUUAAAUAUAAUAAACAAUUGUCAUAACCUUCAAACAACUUAGUAUGUAUUCAUAAAAAUAUUAUUCAAGUAAAACUUCUUUAGGCGCGACUUGGGAAAAACUCCGAUUUUUUUUCUGACGGAAGUAACGCUUAAACAACGUCUGUUGUUUCCGCUAUCUAAAAAUAAUAAUUUGGAUUGGUCGUAAGUUUAUUUUAAGUAGUUGUGGAAAUAUCAAAA